AUGGUACGCAAGCGCAAGAGCAAAAGUCUUGGAUCUAUUAGUGGUGUGGAAGGGCAGUCAGCUCCCUCAAAGACUGGUACUGGUGAUAAGGCAUGGGCCCCUGGCCCUGCUCAGAGAGGCAAGAGGAAGAAACCCUCUGAGCCUAGCAAGCCACACAUCCCCUCUGAAUACAAUGUUGCACCCAUCCCUCCCAAUUUUCUUGACCCUGACCAGGUCAUUUAUGAUGAGAGGGCUGUGGAAGAGGCAUUUGAGGAUGGUGUGAGAAGGGGCGAGGAGGUUCUGAGAUAUGCACCACGGUUCUUCAUCCCUCUCUCUCUGGAUGACCUCCCUACCCCUACACACAACAAAGCUGUCAAGGCUCAGAAAGAGCAAGAGUGGGACCAGAGGAAGCCUGCAGCUGCCACCCCUUUCACUUGCAUUAUCACAGAUGAUUCUGGGAAGACCAUUCUGGCUUACCUUGGAAGAAGGCUGAUCACUGAGAAUCCUGACAUCUCUCCAAAGCCUAUCUCUGAGUUGUAUGAGGGUCGUACAAACAAGGAUUUGGUCACCAUCCGGAAGCAGGGGGAACUUGAGGUGGUUUCUGAUGGUCUGAGUGUGGAUGAGCAGCUCGAGUACCUCAAGGGGCUGCAAUAUCUAUCUGGUCACAUUCAACCUACUCCCCUGAAGAAGACCGACCUGGUGAACGGACUGGGGCAGCACAUCUCAACCACUGCUGGCAUAUGCAGGGUCAUCCUCGAGGGCUCAGACCUGUGCAUCGAGCGGGACCUCAAGACACCCAAGAAACAGCCCUCUGAUGCCCAUGAACGAGUUGAGCAUAUGAUGCAGUUCUACACUCUCACCGCUCGUGUGGCUGCCAUUUUUGCUGGUCUGUUCAAGGCUCUCUUUCCCGAAGAGUACGUCAAGUACAAGGCUGCCUUUGACGCUGGGAGCUGGAUUCCACACGACCCAGGGCCCUGGCUAGGGCGGGUCAUCGUGUGGAAGCUACAAGUUCAGCUACACUGGGACGGUGGUGAUGGAGGUCCUACUCUCACCUGCCCUAUGGGUUACUUCAACGGGGGUGAGAUGGAGUUUCCUGACCUAAACACCAUUUUGCAGUAA